CACAAAAAUCACUAAAACAAUAAUUUUCUACAAAAAAAAUGUUGCUAGCCGAAAAACCUAGUAACGAAAAUCACUAAAUUUUUUAAAAUUUGUUUGGCAUUUUUUUUUCGAAAAAUCAUCGUGAUGAAAGUCAUCUCAGCUCUUUUUCUUGUCUCCUGUCUAAAUCUGGGACACGCAUACAUCUUUCCGAUAUGCUCCGAAACAAGUAAAAACGAAAAAACCUGCACGAGUUAUUUUGCUUUGCCAAGUUUCACCGACUCGACUGAAGAAAAUAAAGUCAUUGAAACUAUUAAAAAGCCCCCGCAAACACUUGUGGGGUUUUUACGGCACACUCUUGACAAAUACGCUGUGCCUUUGACAGGUUAUUACACGCACAAUGUAAGCCCCGUUGUAGAUCACGUAGGGGCUGCCGUGGGUCAGGUUUAUAAAGUUGUGACUAAUAAUUUGCCUGAAAUCAGCGACGAGUAUGUUUUUAUAGCGCAAUAUCUGCCUUUUGUCAAAGUGAAAAAGGCUAAAGCUGACAGCAGACUUUAUUUCUUGUUCAUUCUGACGAGUCUUUUUAUUUAUUUGGUUUUGUAUGCUUACUUCAGCAGAAAACUUUAUUUUUAUUACCAAAAUGCAAUCAGAAGAGAAUAUGUAAAUAACGUGCAAAAGAUCUUCAAGGCAAAGGAAUAAUUUUUUUAUUUUUUGUUUAUUAAAUUUACGCCAGAAUAAAUCUAUUUUUGUAGUU